ACCAAAACCCCAAAGCGAAUUCGAUCUCUUCUGUUCAAACAGAACACACUGUUUCAGUGCUGCGAUAAAAAAUUCUCACGGCACCAUCGCAUCGCAUCCAUUUCGUUUUCUGUUUCCUUUUUCUUUUUGCCCUUUUCUUGCGAUUUAUGCCAUCACAUCUGGCGCUGCUGUCGUGCCUGCUGGUGCUGCUCCUCUCGCUCGACAAGUUCCUCCUCCACUACCUCAAGAGGCGCUGGUUCUCCGGCGCCAGCGCCGGCGGCACCGUCCCGAGGGGACCCGCCAAAUCGAGGCGACCCAUGGCGGCCGCCAAGUGGAGCGAGACGGCCAUGCUCGUCAUCGACAUGCAGAAGGACUUCGUGGACCCGUCGAUGCGCAGCCCGAUGCUGGUGGGCGGUGGCGAGGCCGUCGUCCCCGCCGUCGCCAAGGCCGUCGCCGUCGCAAGGGAGCGCGGCAUCUUCAUCGUCUGGGUUGUCAGAGAGCAUGACCCUUCUGGAAGAGAUGUUGAACUUUUCCGCAGGCACCACUACUCUGGGGGUAAGGGUCCGACAGUGAAAGGUUUAAAAGGCGCGGAGUUGGCUGAUGGGCUUGUUAUCAAAGAAGGGGAAUAUAAGUUGGUGAAGACAAGAUUUAGUGCUUUCUUUGCGACGCACCUUGAUUCUGUCCUCAAAACUGCAGGAAUAAAGAACUUGGUUAUUGUUGGGGUUCAAACACCAAAUUGCAUUCGGCAGACUGUCUUUGAUGCUGUUGCACUGGACUAUGAGAAAGUUACCGUUAUUAUUGAUGCAACAGCUGCUGCUAGGCCAGAAAUCCAUCUGUCAAAUAUCAGGGACAUGAAGAACAUCGGAGUGGAAACACCAGCCUUGGAAGAAUGGUGCCGCUAGGGUUGGUGGCUACAUCAUUCUCAGCAGCAACGAGACUCCCAUGGCGUAUCAGAUGUUCACUUUUGUUUUCGUUGCAUCUAAUUUCAUCUAGUUAUAUUGUUACUCUGUCAGGUAGAACAAUAUACCCUGCUAUACAUAUAUAUGCAUGUGUACAACUUCUAAUCCCUCCUAUGUAUAGAGUUCACCAUACCAUGUGAUUGUUCAAAUGAAAACCCGUCAAUCUGUGUGAACAGGCAGAUGCUUAAUCAAAACCAUAGGAGAACCUGAGGAGACUGUAAGAGAUUUUCGGUGCUUUUGAGGUUGAAUGAUGUAACCCUAUAUAGAGAAAUUUUUUA